GUGAGCGAGCUCAGCUCAUCGCACUCGCACACCCGUCUGGCAUUACACCUAGCUCUCUUCGCCAAUUGCCUGCUUGCUCUUGGUCUCUUCGAUAUCCCCCCGGCUCGCCGUCGUCAGCUGCUAGCGGAUAGCUUGCGAGUCUUUGGGCCGGGAUAACACUAGAAGAAGAUGUCGGACGGCACGGCGACCUGCGUCGACAUCAUCCUCGCCAUCAUCCUGCCGCCGCUCGGGGUCUUCUUCAAGUUCGGCUGCGGGGUUGAGUUCUGGAUCUGCCUGCUGCUCACCUUCUUCGGCUACCUCCCCGGUAUCAUCUACGCCGUCUGGGCCAUCACCAAGUAGACCCCUAAAGGUGAUGAUGGGGGACCUUGCUCGUGUGAACCGUCGUGCCUGGUGUAGUCUGUUGUUUGAGAUGUAAUUUUUUCUUUCUGGUUCCUUUCGUUCCUUCCUUCUUUGGCCUGGAUGGUGCUCACUGUGUUGGGUGUGGUACAUCUGGUCGGUGUUUGUGCUUAGCUUCCUGUUCUAGUGCGACUGUUUCUCGCUGCUGCUCUACUCGUCCCUCUCCAUUGUGCCAUACAGUUCCUCUGCACAUUUCCGUCCAUGUACUUUGAUCAAUUAUUAAUUCCUCCGUUUUAGUCGAGAAA